AGUCACAGUUUGCGCGUCCGAUCGCAGUGGGCCGCGCACACUGCGCCAGUGAUACGCCGCCAACUUGAUAUCAACGACGACUUGCGAUUUUAAGCACAACCGCACGCCGAAACGUUUGUGAAGUUGUUAUAUACAGUGUUAUAAACACAAGCGUGAUUUUAACGGGACGCGAAUUAUUGUGUGCGACUCUGUUUUAGUUCGAUUGAAAAAAAAAACCUUUCCGGAUAGAGUUUUUGUUUCAACAGCAAAAACUGUCAAUAACGCGGAUAAUAAAGAAAAAAUGAAAACGAAGCUGGACAUAAAUGUUUAUUUCAAAACUAGUGAAAAGGAGAAUUAAAAACUGUUAAAGGAAAUUUUAAGGAAUUGUUGGAUAUGCUCGACGGAAAUGGGGUUCCGAUAAUGAACGCGGUUACAAAUCCAGCAAGACUAAAUUAAAUUCAUCGGGAGAAAUUUGUUGGUUCCUAAAAUUGGUUGAAAAAAUGACAUCAUUGUAUCUUAUGGAUGAUAAUUCAAUGAAGAAUAAGAUUUAUUGGGACUGAUUUAACCCACGGCUAUUAUGGAUACCGUACUGACGAACCAAACGAACUGUACAUCAUAUAAUUCAUCGCCGCCGGUUGAAAACGAAACAGAAUGGACGGGGUCGUUUUUGCUCUUUAUCAAGGCGAGCAUUAUGGCGACCAUAAUAAUAGCAGCUAUAUUAGGAAAUCUUUUAGUCAUCAUUUCCGUGAUGAGGCAUCGGAAGUUGAGAGUGAUAACAAACUAUUUUGUGGUGUCGUUAGCGUUAGCGGAUUUACUAGUAGCUAUGUUUGUAAUGACCUUCAACGCCAGUGUUCAAAUUUUCAACCGAUGGCUGUUUGGAUUUUUUAUGUGUGAUGUAUGGAACUCUUUAGAUGUGUACUUUUCUACUGCUUCAAUCCUCCAUUUGUGUUGUAUAAGUGUCGAUAGAUAUUAUGCAAUAGUUAGACCUUUAAAAUAUACCUUAAGCAUGACAAAAAGGGUCGUCGCCAUUAUGCUUCUGAUCACGUGGAUCAGUCCUGCCAUAAUCAGCUUUGUGCCAAUUUUUCUUGGUUUAUACACCACGGAAAAGAACCAAGCUUACAGAGAAAAACAUCCGGAACUUUGUGAUUUCACAGUUAACGGGUUCUACGCUGUCGUAAGCAGUUCAAUUUCUUUCUGGAUCCCAUGUACUAUUAUGGUGUGUACAUAUUUGGCUAUAUUUCGCGAAGCCAAUCGACAGGAAAAAGAAUUGUAUAGCAGACAUGGGGCUGCGAUGUUAUUACAUCAAAAUAACACAAAUGGAGAUAUGCUUUCAAAUUCCGGGGGUUCAUCAAAAACAUUAAUGCACGAAAUCAAUCAAGAUUUGCAUACAACACCAACCAAAGAAAGAAACAUUAUAAAAAUGAAGCGAGAACAUAAAGCUGCUAGGACUUUGGGUAUUAUCAUGGGAACAUUUAUAUUAUGCUGGCUGCCAUUUUUUUCUUGGUAUAUUAUUACCAGUUUAUGCACAACCUGCGCUAAUCCCGACAUUGUCAUCACAAUGGUAUUUUGGAUUGGUUAUUUCAAUUCGACUUUGAACCCAGUUAUUUACGCCUACUUCAACCGAGAAUUUCGCGAAGCUUUUAAGAACACCCUUCAAUGUUUGUUCUGCAGUUUUUGUAGGAGGCCGCCGUCCAGUUUGGAUCAGUACGACGUGAGGAGGUCUUCACUUAGGUAUGAUGAUCGCACAAGAAGUAUUUAUUCCGAAACUUAUAUGAAACAUAUUGACAGGAGGCGAAGCUCCGAAUUUGGAUCGAGUCUUUGAGUAGACCUUACUAGCAGCAGAUUGACAACUACCAGUUUUUAAAUCGAUUUCGAUUAAAACCUGGUCACAGUUCUCAAUUUGCUGCUAGUUCAACUUUUGUCCAUUUGUUCUUUGUAUGGCUCUCGUUCUAUAUGUGGUGCUAUUCUUCUUCUAACACAAGCAAAUCUAUACAUCAGUAAUGGUUGAAGAUGAGAUUUUAAUCAAAUCGGAAGGAAAAUAUCAGUUCAAAAAAGAAAAACUUGGUUAAGUUGUGAUGUCAAUACUAUUUUAUAAAAUACAAUACUAUCACAACUCGUCUUAAAUAACAAAAUGAUUUUAUAAAUUAUCGCUAUAAAAGUCUGGGCGGAAUUAUAUAGGGAAAAAUAAAAGCAAUUAACGGACUUUAAUGUUAAAUGGAAAGACCAAAGUUUUAUUAUUUCAAAUGUGAUUACGUGUGAUACAGUAUAUACAAAUGUAGGUAACAUACUUAAUACGCCAGUAUAAUAUAAUAUUAUGUAGAUGUAACAAUUAAGCAAUCGGUACUACGUAUUGAUACUGUGCUCCACUAUCUUGUAAACUACCCCUGUUGUAAAUAAACUAUGGUACCAAAUAAUAUCCUGAAUCCUAUUCAACGUUAUGAAUAUUUAUUUCAAACAUUUUUCUAAUUUCUGAUAUAUAAAGGAUUUAAUACUCACUAAAAUUAUUCUACUGAACUGCUUUACCUAAAAUGAUUUAAAACCAUUUCAAGGUAUAAAUUAGACUUACCUAACAUUCAAAACCUGAACCUAAUAGUUCCAUAAUCCUCCUCUCUAUUCAUUUAAUUUUUUUACUAAACUAAUAAAUAAGAACGAAGAAUCCUCUAAGUACAAAGUACUCCAAGCUUCUUGUAAUCGAGGUUAACCAAAACAUUGGUUCCAUUAAAGUUAUUCAAAAGUUAAUAAUAUUCGAUGUUUUCCAGUAUUUAUUGAAUAAAAGAGUCGCCGUACUUAUAAUGAGAAUGACAAAAAUUACUUUGUAGCGAAACACAAUCAUACUCUAGUAUUCAUGUAUGUAAUAAAACAAACUGUUGUACGUUCAAUUAAGUAAAUAAUAAGACCAAAUUCACGUAGCUAAGAGUAAUAAUAAAUAGCAUACGUACAUGUUACAGGAAAACAUACAUCGAACUAUUUGUUUAACACGAUUAUUUUUUACCUUACUCAAUGCAUACAUUAAACAUCGUAAGUUUUUGUUGAUUUUUUUAUUGUAGUCUUCCCAUUCGAUAUAAGUGUUCACGUGUUAAAAACGACGGACAUAACGUAGCGCUAGAUGUAAAAAAAAACAUAAAUGUUUAAGUGUUUUGUGUGUCAAUAAACAAAAUUAAGAGUAAGCGCAUUUUGUUUUCAAUUUUCGGUUCUGUUUGUUCCUGUUAUUUACAGAUUUUAGGCGUAUCUAUAUAUUAUUUAGAGAUUAAUGUAAUUUUGUACAUAGUUAUGUGACAAACAAAUUAGAAAUUGUUCUGAUUUGUCGUAGGAGAUUAAUUAAACCUAGUUUGUUUUCAAAGUGUAAUAAUGAAUUUGGAUAUUUAUUUUUUGUAAUGAAUAAGUGAGAUUAAAUAAACACCUACAAGGAUA